CUAAAAUAGCUUUGAGUAUGACAGUGCUGCUUCAGAAUCUGUCAGCCCUAAUGGUAACUCUGGGAUCAGGAGGCAUGUCGUCUUGAGCAUCUUCACCAGUAUUGAGGGAAGCUGUUCCCAUGGCGUGUGGGGAAUGCAACGGUUCAGCACCCGCUCAGGAUUCAGCACACAGGAAUAUCAUCCAUGUCCAGCACAGAGAACUGAAGUGCAGAUAGCAGAACCCAGCUGCAAGGUGAAUCAUGAUUCCAGUCACUGAAUUGCGCUACUUUGCUGAUACUCAGCCCGCAUACCGCAUCUUGAAGCCAUGGUGGGACGUCUUCACCGACUACAUCUCCAUAGUGAUGCUGAUGAUUGCAGUGUUUGGAGGAACACUUCAGGUCACCCAGGACAAAAUGAUUUGUCUGCCCUGUAAAUGGAUUACCAAAGACACUUGCAAUGACUCGGUCAGAGGCUGGACAGCUGCAACCCCAGAGCGUACCUACUAUAACUCUAGUCUUGUUCCCUCUACUGAUAUAGGGCCCACGGGGAUACGAUACGAUUUGGACCGGCACCAGUAUAACUAUGUGGAUGCGGUGUGUUAUGAAAACCGUCUUCACUGGUUUGCCAAGUAUUUUCCUUACCUGGUGCUGCUACAUACUCUCAUAUUUCUGGCAUGUAGCAACUUCUGGUUCAAAUUCCCAAGGACCAGCUCCAAGCUGGAGCACUUUGUGUCUAUUUUGCUUAAGUGUUUUGACUCUCCAUGGACAACAAGGGCAUUAUCUGAGACAGUGGUGGAAGAGAGUGAUACCAAGCCAGCAUUUGGGAAAAUGAAUGGCUCAAUGGACAAGAAAUCCUCCACAGUCAGUGAGGAUGUGGAAGCCACCGUUCCCAUGCUGCAGAGAACAAAGUCUCGAAUUGAGCAAGGGAUUGUGGACCGAUCUGAGACUGGUGUCUUAGACAAGAAGGAGGGUGAACAGGCUAAAGCACUCUUUGAGAAAGUGAAGAAGUUCCGCACGCAUGUGGAAGAGGGAGAUAUAGUUUAUCGCCUGUACAUGAGACAGACCAUCAUCAAAGUGAUCAAGUUCAUUCUGAUCAUCUGCUAUACUGUUUACUAUGUUAACAACAUAACCUUUGAUGUUGACUGUAAAGUGGACAUUGAGAGCUUGACUGGCUACAGGAUGUACCGCUGUGCUCAUCCUUUGGCCACGCUCUUCAAGAUUCUGGCCUCUUUCUACAUCAGCCUGGUGAUAUUCUAUGGCUUGAUCUGUAUGUACACACUCUGGUGGAUGUUGAGGAGAUCGCUCAAGAAAUACUCCUUUGAGUCCAUCCGGGAGGAGAGCAGUUACAGUGACAUCCCUGAUGUGAAAAAUGACUUUGCUUUUAUGCUCCAUCUGAUUGAUCAGUAUGACCCCCUCUACUCCAAGCGCUUUGCUGUCUUUCUGUCAGAGGUGAGUGAGAACAAACUGCGGCAGCUGAACCUCAACAAUGAGUGGACUUUGGAGAAGCUGCGCCAGAGGAUCACCAAGAACUCCCAGGAUAAACUGGAACUGCAUCUUUUCAUGUUGAGUGGCAUCCCUGACACAGUUUUUGACCUCAUUGAAUUAGAGGUCUUGAAGCUGGAGCUUAUCCCUGAUGUCACUAUUCCCCCAAGCAUUGCUCAGCUCACCAGCCUUAAGGAACUGUGGCUCUACCACACAGCUGCCAAAAUUGAGGCUCCAGCACUUGCCUUCUUAAGGGAGAAUUUGAAAUCUCUCCACAUCAAGUUCACAGACAUUAAGGAGAUUCCUCUUUGGAUCUAUAGCCUGAAGACACUAGAGGAGCUUCAUUUGACAGGGAAUCUGAGUGCUGAAAACAACCGGUACAUUGUGAUAGAUGGCUUGAGGGAACUGAAGAGGCUGAAGGUGUUGAGGUUGAAGAGUAACCUCACCAAGCUGCCGCAGGUGGUGACAGAUGUUGGUGUACAUCUUCAGAAGCUUUCCAUCAACAAUGAAGGCACCAAGCUUAUUGUUCUCAACAGCCUUAAGAAAAUGGUCAACUUGACAGAGCUUGAGCUGAUCCGUUGUGACUUGGAACGCAUUCCUCACUCUAUCUUUAGCCUCCACAAUCUGCAGGAGAUAGACCUGAAGGACAAUAACCUAAAGACCAUUGAGGAAAUCAUCAGCUUCCAGCACUUACAUCGUCUCACUUGCCUUAAAUUGUGGUACAACCACAUUGCCUACAUCCCCAUGCAGAUAGGCAACCUAACCAACUUAGAACGCCUUUACCUGAACCGUAACAAGAUAGAGAAGAUCCCCACCCAGCUCUUCUAUUGCCGGAAACUUCGCUAUUUGGAUCUCAGCCACAACAACUUGACUUUUAUACCACCAGAUGUUGGACUUCUCCAAAACCUGCAGAAUCUGGCUGUGACGGCCAACAGGAUUGAGAGUCUCCCACCAGAGCUGUUCCAGUGCAGGAAGCUGAGAACAUUGAACCUGGGAAACAAUGUGUUGCAGUCACUUCCAUCCCGGGUUGGAGAGCUGACAAACCUGUCACAGAUAGAACUACGAGGGAACCGCUUGGAGUGCCUGCCUGUGGAGCUGGGAGAAUGUCCUCUGCUGAAACGUAGUGGGCUUGUGGUAGAGGAGGACCUGUUCAACACACUGCCCUUGGAAGUCAAAGAGCGUCUGUGGAGGGCAGACAAAGAGCAAGCUUGAACCCCUGAAAAAAAGGGAAAAGCCUCUGACCAACUAGAAGGAAACAAAAGGCCAUUCCAGUCCCCUUUUCCCCAGAUCCUUCCCUUUCUCCCCUCUGAUCGCUACCAGACUAGCCAAGGAGUCCCUGAAUAAACAUGACUCUGAGGCUGCUUCUUGCCUCAGAUGCAGGAUGGGGGAAGCUUGGGAUCAGGAUGAGGAUCAAGACAGAUUAGUUGGCCUCUGAGCAAAGGCCAGUGGGAACAGGAGGUGUUCUUCUGGACAGGAAGUGGGAUGAGGUGGAUGAUGCUGUUGAGAAGAAAUGACCUUUGAAUGGAGGAGAAAAUGAAAUGUGGGGAUUGCUGCAUUGGUCUAGAUAGGGCUUAUACAUGUCAGGGACUGAGUGUUCAGUGUCUUGCAAGCAAAGAUCAAGAGAUUAGGAAACCUCCUGAACCUCCAUCUCUGUGACACUUGGUACUGUCCCCUUCUGACUCAAUGAUUCAGUCAGUGAGGCCCUGCAGUGGGGUGGAAUGGGAUGCAGACAGCUCACUUGAUCUUGAUGCUGGCAUUAGGAUUUGGGGGCUAAGUUUCACUUGGACAUGAGCUUGAAUGCAGGAUAUUUUCUUUUUUCUUUUUUCUUUUUCUUUCUUUUUUUUUUAAUGGAUUCUUUCCCCUUUGCACUCCCCACCUUCUCCUUUGCCUCUGGAGAAGGAACCAGACACCCCAAACUCCAUCUUAAAUGUAAGAUUGCACUAUUUUAACACUUUCAAGUCACUUGUGCUGAUGAGUGGAUCAUGCUCCAUUCUUCAGCUGAUGUGCUGGAGGCACUAACUGACAUAAUUCCAGAGCUUUAUCCUGUUCUGAAGUGGAUGGUUAUAGUGCAAGUGGGAGAAGAUCUGGGUAAAAAGCAGUUGGACUGUCUGAUCUGUUCUCCCCAGAGCACUGAGUUGCUUCAGGACCUGGCUUUUAAGGUUUUUAAGCUACUUUUAAAUUCCUGGUAUUUUGUCACAUAUCAAAUAUGAACAUAGGACUGGCCAGUGUGCUGGGGUCUCUCCUGGGGUUGGUGGUGUUAGUAAAGAGGGACACCCAGGUUUCUCUGCACCUCUUGCCCCCUCUUCCUCCUCUGAAGUUGUUAGAGGCUUUGCCAGUGUUUUUCAUUAAUGCAGUCUACAGAUCUGCUUGAUUGUUCUUUAUUGUUGUCUUCCUCACUUCAACAGCUGUCAGGUCCUAUGACAUCUCUUGGCCUAAAUAAGAGGCUAAUGCUGAUUGAACCUGGUGCUGGAAAAGAAACCUGCCCUCCUAUUUCUUCCCCUUUUCAUUCCCUGAAGUGUUAAGGAGUGGUAUGAGAAUCCUCUGUGGGCUGAGCUCUUCUAGAUCCCUGGGACAGAGCAGUCUUUAUUGAAACAAGUCUGACCUGUUUGGUAUUGUCUGACCAAAAAAACCCCCAAGCUUCUGCACUUGCAGAGGUAGAUAACUUGUAAUAGCUACUGAUAAUCAUGUCCUUAAGGUGGAGUGGUUAAGGUGUGCCUACAAUACACCGUAAGUCUGCUCUUUUCCAUCAGAAGGAAGAGGAGGCUCAUGGACUUGCAGGUCCUGGUUGUAAUACUCUGCAUCAGAACAACAGGUUGGCUCCAAGGUGGAGUGCUGCAAGCUGAGGCACGAGAAGUUUGGAGGCCUCCUGUGUGUACAAAAGGGGGGAAACUGCAGCCAUCUCCAGAGUGGCUCCUGGACAAGCUGCCAGCAAGUGCCCUGGCUUGGCAAAUUGUGGUGAUCCCUUGAAUGCUGGGGCAAUAAGGCACACUGUGGCUUUCUUCAUCAGAUGUAAGAUAUGAAAUAUAUAUAUAUAUAUACAAAACAUGCUGAAACCAUGAACAAUGUUAACUGGGUUCUGGAUUUGUUGAUGUUCAGAUGCUUAAAUAAAGCUACAUUAAAAUCCAGAAGAUCUGUUUAUAAAACUGCUUUUAAGAAAGAUGUAAAUUUUGCUUUCCUUAGUCCAUUCAUUAUGAGAAGUUUAAACAGGCCAGGGAAAAAUAUAAUUGAAUCUAUGUAUCUGGGAGGCAGGGUACUGUAAAAGCUCUUUUUGUUUCUAACAGGGUUAGCGUCUUGAAAUUGUGUUAGAGAUGGGGCCACUGCUGAAAGGAUGGGGAAGUAUUGAUGCUGAUGCUUAUUGGAUUGUACCUGUUCUAUUUGCAUGAGCAUUUUGGAUCAACAGGGAGGACAGAAAUUGCUAGAUGGGCUUAGCGCUUCUGAAAUAAACCAGGAAUGGCAUCAGGCUUAACUACAGUGCUACUGUUUUCCAGCCAGUUCCUUCUGGUGGGUGUUGGGGCUGUUUGGAUGGUGAAGGAAACAUCUUCCCUCCUCCUGGUUCUCUGUGACAAAAGAUAGGGCUGGAGAGUAAUGGCUACUGAAUAGAGGCUUGAACUCUCCUCUUGAAAGUAUUCAAGACUACUGGGUAACUAGUUUACAAAAUGUGUUUUACACUAGGCAGGACACUAGGAAGGGCAAAGCACUUCACAGGAUUUUCCCCUAGCUUACAGGAGCAGACAUUCUUCUGUAUGUCUAGAUAAUAGAUAAAUGCAUUGACUCUUGAUUCCAGGUGUGGUCUUAGUUAUACAAACUAAACUUUACACAGCUAGAUUAGAAGCUUCUAUAAGCAGCUCCUGAAAGUCUGCUGCACUGCUUUUAGAAGCUUGCAAGCCUCCUGAACUGCCAUGUAUGUCCACAGGACAAGUGGACAACAGGCUAUUCUGCUAGAAGUGAGAGACCAUCUCUUCUGAUCAAAUAACAGAGCUAUACUGCUGCUGCUUGCUGUGUAGACUGCCCUACGCCUGAGGUCUGCAAAGCAAUUGUAAGACAAGCCAGCACUGAGCAUGCAUGAAAACACUAGCUUUUUGCUGCUCUUACAAUAUUCCAAGCUCAGUUUUUUCAGUCAUGGCUGCUAAAGCUAGAGACAGCUUCCUGUGUGGCAAAAUUGGGAUGAGCAGGCUCAUAACUUCCUGUAUUGGGUGGCACACAAAUCCAUGGCUGCUCUGCAAGACAGCAAUAUGUAUUACUUACUCCUGAUAUGUUCUUCUUGGUCUUCCCUCAAAUAGAUACAGAUUCCAGCAUAUCAGUCUCAUAAGAUGGAAGAAGCUUUAAAACUUCAAGGAUAGGGUCUAAACCGUGAGGUCCUGAAUGUGUUUACUGCUCAGGACUGCUGCAAAACAACCCACAGCAGAGUGAGUCAUCUGCUUCCCAUACAUCUGGAUUGUUCAGUCUUUGAGGGAUGAACUCGCAUCAACAAUCCUUCCUCACUUGCAAGUAUCCAAUCAGUGUAUAUUAUGUUUUUUCCUUUAAGUUUCCAUCAAACUGAAGUUUAGGGGUUUCAUUUCUGACACUGAUCUGUGUGUAGGGAAAAUGUUCCAACUUUAGCAGACAAUCAACUGUCUGGUCAGUGUCUUGUUCUUCUGACAGCCUUUUCAAAGCACUCUAGUUCUAGCAAACCACAUUAUUUAUUAGCUGCUAAACCAGACAACAACUUGAAUUAAAACCAACUGUUUCCUUAAUAGCACUUCUGAGCUGAAUGAGUUC